ACAUGUGAAUACAUCAAAUCUCGUUAGUUUAUAACUACUAGUAUAUUAUAGUGUGACCAUUCCUUAGAUGUUGGCAGAUUGAACAGACUAGACGAGUUUAACGCUGAACAGCAGGUCAACAUGCGUGGUAUUGUGUUGUCAUGGAUACUGGGUAUAGUGUUGUUAAUUCCAGUAGUCAACGGUUGGUUGACCGCAAAUAAUGCAAGGUCACCUUUACUAGGAACAAGGCCGCCUCCUGGAUCUCCAUGGCCGAUGCCAAAAGAAUGGAACCCGACCUCAGAUCUUGUGACCUUUGAUCCAGACAACUUCCGGUUCAAUGCCAAUCUGAUGAACUGCGACAUUGUAAUACAAGCUAUAAAGCGAUAUACACCAAUAUUGUUCGGUUACAAAAGAGUUAAGAAGGCAGAAGGAUUGUCCCCCCUACCGGAACUUAAAAUGACAAUAUCGAGUAAUAAAUGUGACAAGUAUCCAAGUAUGGCUAUGGACGAAUCAUAUGAACUAUCUGUUAGUGAUACGACCUUGUUGACAGCCAACCAAGUGUGGGGCAUGUUGAGAGGACUGGAAACCUUCAGUCAGUUGAUGUUUUACCAAGACGGACAGAUUUUUAUGAAUAAAACACGGAUUAUUGACAGUCCUAGAUUUAGUUAUAGAGGACUUCAUACAGAUACAGCCAGACAUUAUAUACCUUUACCAAUACUCAAAACAAACUUGGAUGCCAUGAGUUAUAAUAAAUUCAAUGUUUUUCACUGGCAUAUUGUUGACGAUCAAUCGUUUCCAUUCGUCUCUAAAACAUUCCCAGAAUUAUCCAAAAAGGGUGCCUAUACCAGUAAACAUGUUUAUAAACCGGAAGAUGUAGCUGAUAUUAUAGAAUAUGCACGUGUACGUGGUAUUAGAGUUAUCCCUGAAUUUGAUACACCAGGCCACACCCACUCCUGGGGAAAGGCCUAUCCGGACCUCUUGACGCCAUGUUAUGUUAAUGGUGUACCAGGAACACCCAUUUGGGGAAAAUAUGCUGCUUACGAAAAUUUUGAUGUAACCAAAGAGUUUGUGUACGAGUUCUUGGGAAAGUUUUUUGCUGAAGUGAAGGAAGUUUUUCAUGAUGAAUACAUUCAUAUGGGGAUGGACGAAUCUUAUUAUCGCUGUUGGCAAUCUAAUCCCAACAUAACGACCUUCAUGCAAGAACGAGGAAUAGAAGGCAACUAUUCAAAACUAGAACAAUAUUAUGCCGAGAGAACCCUCCGUAUUAUCUCAGAUCUGGGUAGAAAAUACGUCAUAUGGCAAGAUCCAGUUGAAAACGGAGCAAAGGUGCGUGAUGAUACUUUAGUAAUGGUAUGGAAGGGAGGUAAUACUGCCCAUGAAGAUCAUUGGAAUUCCUAUAUGGAGAAGAUUGCACCCCAGGGUUAUAAUACUAUAUUAGCGUCGUGUUGGUAUCUCAACUAUAUUAAAUAUCCCCCAGAUUGGGAAGCUCUUUAUUCUUGUGAUCCACAUGAUUUUAAUGGUACGCAGGCGGAGAAAGGUCGUGUAUUGGGCGGUGAAACUUGUAUGUGGGCGGAAUAUGUUGAUGGUACUAACAUACUCCCUCGUUACUGGCCGAGAGCGUCGUCUGUAGCUGAAAGAUUAUGGAGUCCCAAGAAUGUAAAGAACACAACUGAUGCCAUGUACAGAAUAGAUCAACAACGAUGUCGUAUGGUCAGACGAGGAAUUCCAGCUGAACCGAUAUUAGACGGUUUCUGUGGUGAUUAUGAUUGGGGUUUUGAUGACGUCGAUACACCGGAAGUUGACAAGCCACCUACCUGUACAGGUGGUUUUAGAUUAGAAGUGCGGAUAACACUUCUUUUAUUACCUUUAUUGAAUGUGUUUGUUUUAUAGUUUUUGUUUUUAUGAAUGUGUUAUAUUAGCUUUAUUCAUCGUGUUUAUAUAUCAAAUGUGAGCGGGGUUGGAUGGUUGAAUGGUUAACACGUGCGCGCUGUAUCAUAAGGUCUGUCAUUGAGUCAACUGGCGUGGUUUCGAUUUCCCGGUUGUACGUACGUGGCAAUGUGUAGGGUCGCCUGUCCAACCUCGUGGGUUUUCUCCGGGUCCUCCGGUUUCCUCCCACUGCUAAAGCCCCCUACGCACAAGCGAAUUUUUGAAAUAAAAUUGAACCAUAUGUUAGUCCAAAAAAGACCUAGUUUGUGUCGCAUGGACGUUACCCCCCUCCCUCUCUCUCUCUCCCUCUCUCUCUCUCGUUAAAUGUGAGGUAUCGAUCAGGUAUCGUGUUUGUAUGAUAUAAUAAUGUAUUUUUUGUUUUUAGAGAAAAAUAAGUUGUACCUGAAACUAUAUAUUUGUACAUUCAGUCUAAUAAUUAUAUAUACAUAUUUUAA